AUGAUGAAAUCAUUGAAACAACGCACUCAAACGUUUGAUAUUAUAAUUGUUGGAGGUUCCAAUGUCGGCAAGCAUUCACUUGCCACUGCUUUUCAACAUUUUCAAUUUCAGUCCAAACUUUUUCAAAUAUUUUUUAAUUCCAUCCAAUUCGAUGAAUGUACUAUUAAGGGUAGAGUCUUUACAGACGUCAGCACGAUGGGUCAACGAUUUGGUGCUUUAAAUUGGCGAAAAAAACAUCCAGCCGAUGGAGUCUUGUAUGUUUUGGAUGUCUCAAAAACUGUUGAAGAAAAUUUAGAUGAAUUUAGAAAAUGGAAUUCUUUUGUGUUGCAACAAGGUCUUGUUAAAUCUAAGUGUUUGAAUGUUGUGGUUGGAAAUAAGAAUGAUUUGUCGUGUGAGGAGAGAAAAAUGACGUAUCAUGAAGGAUUAGAAUUAUCAAAACGAAUUGGAAUUCCAUUUUAUGUAGAAACGAAUGUAUAUCGUGAUAAUUUUAACUUGUUUGAAAUGAUGCUUCAGAAUAUUUACAUUCAGGAAAAUGAAAUGAACCAGAUGAGAUCCGAUUUUGUCAUUGAUGAGAGUGAUGGAAUGAUUAUGAAAACAGAGAAGUGUGCAAGACCGUAUACUAUUUCAAUUAACCAAUUUCCAUAUCAAAAGGCGUGGAUUAUUGCAGUACUUGUUGUCCUAAUCAUAGUGAGUGGUAUUUUCUUGUUCAUUUGA